AUGUCGACUGGUCGCCCUUCCGGUCAAAGGUCGCACUCUGCUGUGAGGAGGCAAGCAACGACUAAGCCUGAAUCUGAUCAAGCCUUGUUCACACCCGAUGCUCAAACGGCGUUUCAACCUUGUGCAGCAACCGCCUCGUUCCUUCUAUAUGCUCAAAGAAAUAUUAUCCUCUGUCUGCACCACGACACCUUGGCAAUAGAGCGGCGAUUCGAUCGACAUCAAGAGGAUGUAAUUUGGAUAUGUGCGGACACUGUCAGCGAAAGAGGUGCAGGCCGUUUGGCUGUCAGUUACGACACAGGACAUACCGCAAUCGUCUGGGAUAUCUCAACAGGAGACGAAAUUGCUCGCUUUGCAGCGUAUGAACAGAUCAAGGUGGCAGCAUGGAUGAAGAAUGGGAACAUUGCCUUUGCGAUAGCUCCGGCAGCAGACUCGCGGACGUUUGCGAUCGGAUUCCAAAACGGUUCAAUCUUGCUUGCGACAUUGCAACCGCUCUUCACGAUUGUGCACAGCCUGACGACGUCGAAAGCUCCUUCCCGGAUUGCAGGACUUUCCUGGCAUGGUUCUUCUUCGCGCCAAAAGUCCGAAAUGCUUGCCACUCAAACUGCAGACGGCGACCUCAGAGUUUGGAGUAUACCAAAAACAGCUGUCGUUGGAGAAACACCGAAUAUUAUUCGGAUACUGAGUCGACUAGAAACCAGAAGUCUGGGGUCUUGCUGGUUCUCAUGGUCUAAAAAUGGUCGUAUCAUACAACACACCGAUGNNGGUAAGAACAUUUUUGCCUUCAGAUGUAGGUCCUUACUAACCAAGAGUUCUUCUAGGGAAACUCGCUCUUGGGACGUCCGCACCAAGAACGUAAGUUUUCAGCCGGUACCGACUGUCGACGGUAUUGUCGGCAUCGCAUGCUACGGCCCUUCCUCGACACUUUUCACGCUUGGUCCAAGCCACACUGUGCAGCAAUACGAUGUGAAUCCGAGCGAAGUUCCCAUGCAAGUCGCUAGUAUACAGCACGCUCCUGGUCCUCUCCCGCCGUCCCCACCCAACUCAAUCGAAGAACAAAAGAAGGAAGAAACGGCCGCAGCGAGCGCUGCGCCAGCACCAUUUGCCUACGUGGAUGCAGAUUCAAGCGAAGGUGAGCUCGGCACCAUGUCGCCACUCGAGAAAAUAGUAAAAGAGAUGGAUCAACUGGACGACGAGAAACAAGACCGACUUGGUGCGCUCAGCCCAACAUCUAGCAGAGCCUCCUCAGUGAGUUCUCGAUCGUCCAAUGGUGGACUUAGAGUGCCGUCAUAUCGCUACGACAAAGCACCUUCCUCACGAGCCUCCGAAGCGUCUUACAACGAAGGGACCGAGUUCUCGUUCGGUCUGCCCUCGAUAAAACCCCGGGAGAGUGCCUCUGCCCGCUCAACGUCUUCAUUCCGUUCUUCGGGUUUACGCAAAGAAAUCUUGAGAAGUCCUGAUGAGACUCAGCAGACGUCGCAAAUGGACCUUUUCCCCUAUGCUCGAGCAAGGCUGCGAGACGUACCCUUCAGAACUCCUCACUAUGGUCAAGCUCCUCGCACUUCAGAUUUAUUACGACAAGAAAUGCUAAGUGUCGUCUUUGGUUGGAAUGAUGACAUCGAGUCUCUGGUGCGCGAUGAAUUCAUGAGACAAAGACCAGGAUCCGCUAGUAGCGUACUCCUCUCAAAAUGGCUUGGUGAGUUUGGUGCAGAUACCAUGGCUGCUAUGGUAGGCUCUGAGAACAUGACUUCUUCCGACUGGAUGCUGCUAGCUUUGAGCUCUAUGGGACCAUCUUCUAAGAAGCAGGUCGGUCAAACAUUCGUACAGAGACUCCUGGAGAAGGGUGAUAUCCACCCUGCGGUGGCGGUGCUAUUAGGGUUCGGCGAACAUGAUGAUGCUAUUGAGGUCUACGUCUCUCGUGGUUUCUACAUGGAAGCAAUUCUUCUGACUUGUUUGACUCUGCGGUCGGAUUGGCAGAGGCAAUCCUACCUUGUUCGUAAGUGGGGUGAAGCUUCUGUCAUGCAAGGUCAACCAGAACUAGCAGUACGUUGUUUCUCCUGCACAAGCAUCGAAACAUCAGAUCCCUGGUCCUCUCCUCGAGCACAGGGCGCAACUUUCUCUAGCCUAGAAGAACAAGGCAUUGGUCCUUCUCCUCUAAGCCCUCCACUUUCUCCGCCGUUCGCCGUUGGUUCAAACCGGAAACUCGCAAGAAACGGAUCCCUGAAACUCAUCACGACAUUUGGUGACAAGGGAAAUCCUCUUGUAUUGCCUUCUGCAGACCAGAGAACACCUAUGGCUGGUAUGCUUGGAGUUGGUGUCACACCGAUAGCUGAGUCGGCAAUUUCACCUGGUGGUGCAGCACCUUGGCUUCGUACUGGUACUAGAUUCGACCGGGAUCCAUCGUCAGCAAGAACAGCCACUCCCGGCGGAUAUAUGAGAAGGCAGCUGCCAUCUAGAAGUGGGACAUCGCGAACGAGAGAUACUUCUCAGACUCCUUUGACAGCCCGUAGAGAGAUUUCCGGAUCAGCACACAUUACAGAAAACUUGGAGACCAAGAAUUUCGGUCAUAGCCGCAACUCUUCGUCUAUCAGCUCUAGUGAGAAGGUCCAAAGCCUUCAGCAAGCGUCAUGGCAGCCUUCCCACCCAAAUCGACUACCAUCACCAAGCAGUGAUGUCUUUUCGCGCUUGAAAAGCGAAACACGGACUAGGAAUGGGUCACGCGAAAGAGGCAAUAGUGAUCUCCAUGUGCAAGUCUUUGAUACUACCUAUCUGCCAACACAGCCAUCUCAGGCCUCUACUGCUCUGUCCACACAUUUGGAUCCCUUUACAGAUCCUCGUCAGAGGCAAGACGAAAACCUAGAUCACAAGUCAGAUCAUCGCGGACGGCCAACCAAGCGAUACAUUGGUGCGCCANAAAUUUCGCCUUCAUCACCCAUUCCUAUGUCACCUGACGAAGUCGAGGCCAGUCGAGCAAUGGCCGCAGCUACUACCGGAGACGAGUCGUACUACAGACAAUCGACACCGCAGCGCAAGAACUCUAAUGCGGGUCGCACCUCACGAGCAAAUAUCCGAGUUCCGAGCAGUCAGAAGGAUGCUAGCCAGGUGGAACAGCGAUUUGUAGUCGGCAAUCGUGACAGAAGCGAAUCUCGACCAAGACUUCAGAUUAGCAGGAGCAGAGCAGCUUCUGUUAAAGGUGAUAUCGAAUCUCGAACCCAGACCGACCCCGUCUCUGAACACGAUCGAAAGAGCCUCGAUGAAGACAGCUCUGCUUCCGAAAAUCCGAACGAAGGCUCUGUGCGCCGCAGGGACAUCCAAACUCUAACGAAGAAGCAACUCGCCGCUCGAGAGCUCGAAGAGAGGCGCGCUUCUUUGGCCAGACGACCGUCUGCUCCGGCAAUACCCUUACCCAGUGACGUUAAGACACCGCCGAAAAGACCCUUAAUGGCUCCUAGACAUCAUACUGAACUCGGAAAUACUCCUAGCUCGUUCAUGCCGCCAUAUUCUGGCGGCCAGAUCACCCGUAGUCAUACGGCUGACCCAGAAUCCAAAGGUCGCUUCCCAAGUACUAAGAAUACGGGAGCAUCAACCCCGACAGUGCCAAUUGGACUACCAGCUACACCAAGAGCCAUGAGACAUCCACGCUAUAUGUCCGCUGAUCCCAAUGAACCUGAAGGAGUGCCUACUGUGCCUCAGAUUCCUGAGACCCCUCCUCAACUUACAUCUGCAACGUUUCAGCAAGAUUCGCCUUCACCAAAGGCCGCCGAAGAUGACCAGAUCGCUCCUCUUCUACCUUCUACUGUGUUCGGACAGCCAGCAGCUCUGUCUCCGCCACGUUCUCCCUCGGCGCCACCUGAAAUGAAUAUGGACGGCACUCCAUGGCAUUACAAGACGGUGCUGCCACAUUCUUCUAGGCGAGGAUCUGUCACAAAAGGAGGUCACAACCGCAAAGUUACACCUACAGAGAACAGUUUUCAGCCUCAGCAAAGCCCUUUGUCGAGCAGGCCUAGCAUUGACCAAACCUUGCAUGACGCUCAAAUUGUAAUUGUGGAAGACUCUGAAAUGAUGCUGCCGGAGCUUCAACAUCUAGCAGGCCCUCCACCUCCACCUCCUCCGCCAUUGAUGACGAACAACCGUGGUAGUGGCCUUGGUGUCAUCGAUAUUGCCAUUGGAGAAGAAGAACCUAUGAUCAUUGACGUCUUGCCAACCAUCGAUCGAGCCGGCGCAUUGACAGCUCCUCCACUGAACAAUUUUGCGCAAGCACAAGCACAAGCCCAAGCUCAUAUGCAAUCACAAGCUCAGAGGCGUGGUCGUGGUAGCAUCAGCGAAGGCAUCAACUCACGCUUGCGGAGUGUGACAGAACGUAUCCGCAACAACAGCAAGUCCCGUACUAAAUCACCGCCGAUCGAAGCAUACGCCCCUUCGCCUUACGAGACAGUACUUCCUAGCAUGUUUACUAGACAGCAGCCUGACAACAGUCUUGCUCGAGCAACAUCACCUUACGAGGCCUCUCCAAUCAUAACCAGCGCUGCAGCUUCCGAAGCAUCGCUCUCUUUGCAGAACGCAGUUCCACCGCCGCCGCCACCGCCACCAGCUCCAUCCGCAUUUGUCGAACAGUCCGAGACUUCUGCCAAACCAAGUCAAGGAUAUCCUCACCCUCGUGAAGUUCGAGCAAACAUGCCGCCUGAGACUCUCUUGUCCUCAGGAGUGUACCAACCCGAUAACAUGUUCUAA